CAGAGAACCCUGAACGCAGCAUACAGAGCUAUGAAUUGAGGGUUGAGAAGGACGGUGAAACAAAAAUGGACAUCGAUCGAAAAUAGCCUGGUGAUCUAUGUCAGAAUUCUGACGGGCACUUCACAGAAAAGAAAAGUGAAAGAGGCCAGAGUUCAGAGCCAUGGAGGCUCGCUUUGGGAAUAUUGUGUUUAGCUCCAAGUUUGACUCAGGGAACCUGGCACGUGUGGAGAAGGUGGAGAAGGGCAACUCCAGCCUUUCUUCUGACACACCUUCUAGUGGAAGCUCCUCCUCUGGGUCAAGCCUCACCCCUGAUUAUGAGUUCAAUGUGUGGACGCAGCCAGACUGUGCCGGCACAGAGCACGAGAAUGGAAACAGAUCAUGGUUUUACUUCAGUGUGAAGGGGGCUGCACCUGGGAAGUUACUGAAGAUCAAUGUGAUGAACAUGAACAAUCAGAGGAAACUCUACAGCCAAGGCAUGACUCCUCUCGUACGCACUUUACCGGGCAAAACCCGCUGGGAAAGGAUACGAGACAGACCAACAUCUGAGAUUGUAGAUAACCAGUUCAUCCUUUCAUUCACUCACCGGCUAUUGGAGGUGAGAGGGGCUACCACCUAUUUCUCCUUCUGCUACCCAUUCUCUUACACAGAGUGCCAGGAGAUGCUGCAGCAGUUGGAUCAGAGCUACCCCAGUGCUGCUCAGCUCAGUCCGAGCAGUACUCCAGGCACUGUGUAUUAUCAUAGGGAGUUGCUGUGCCAUUCUCUAGAUGGCAAUAGGGUGGACCUUCUCACUGUGACCAACUGCAGCGGGAUGCAGGAUGAACGGGAAGCCCGUCUGCCUAAGCUGUUUCCUGACACCAACACUCCAAGACCACACCGCUUCCCUGGCAAAAGGGUGUUUUUUCUCAGCAGUCGGGUGCACCCUGGGGAGACUCCCUCAUCCUUUGUGUUUAACGGUUUCCUCAACUUCAUCCUGAGAAGAGAUGACCCACGUGCACACGCGCUGCGCAACAUGUUUGUGUUCAAGCUCAUUCCCAUGCUGAACCCAGACGGGGUUGUCCGUGGACACUACAGGACGGAUUCCAGGGGUGUGAACCUGAAUAGACAAUACUUGAACCCCAGCCCCGAGUUACACCCGUCCAUCUAUGCAGCCAAAACACUGUUGCUCUACCACCACACACACAACCGCUUGCACAAAACACAGCCAAGCACUCAUUCUAACGGCCCCACCCAUACAGAGCCCCCAGCUGCUAAAACAAAACCUGCAAAUCAGCAUGAAGCACCUCCCCUCACUGCCCUCGAAGUCACCUUAAACCAACGGAAUGCAGAGAAAGAUGCAAAUCCUGCGCAGCCAGAGGUCCCCAUGAUGAUGGAGGAAAACGCCUGGGCUACCUCAGAGACGGAGAAGGGAGAUCAGAACAGCUCACCGAGCUCCACAGAGACUGUAGUUCCAGGUGCUGGAGAUUUAGCAGUACCACAGGUGGAGGAACAGGAGUCGGUGCCACCAAAGGAGGGGGGUGUGGCAUAUUAUGUCGACUUGCAUGGGCACGCGUCUAAACGUGGGUGUUUCAUGUAUGGAAAUAGCCUUCCUGAUGAGAGCCAGCAGGUCGAGAACAUGCUGUAUCCGAGGCUGAUCGCUGUGAAUUCUGCCCACUUUGAUUUUCUGGGCUGUAACUUCUCUGAGAAAAACAUGUACGCACGAGACAAGAGAGAUGGCCAAUCUAAAGAAGGCAGCGGUCGGGUUGCCAUUCACAAGGCAAUAGGGCUGCUUCACAGUUACACUCUGGAGUGCAACUAUAACACAGGAAAAACCAUGAAUACAAUCCCACCUGCCUGCCAUGACAACGGACGAGCUACCCCCCCUCCACCUCCAUCCUUCCCUCCAAAAUACACUCCAGAAAUAUUUGAGCAGGUGGGCCGUGCUGUGGCGAUCUCUGCCCUGGACAUGGCAGAGUGUAACCCUUGGCCGCGACUGGUGCUUUCUGAGCACACCUGCCUGACAAAUCUCCGAGCCUGGAUCCUCAAGCACGUCCGCAACACCAAAGGACUGAUCACUCACAUCCAUGCCAACCCUCCUCCACGAAUACACCACAAUGGCAGCAAGGUGUCACCACCAAAGAGCUUUAACAACUGUCUGUCUGGAUCUGCAUCGGAGAACACCCUCAGCCGCGUCCGCUGCAACAGCCAAAGUAGCAGCAGCCAAACACCCUCGCCGAAGAUGCACAAUUCCCCAAGUUUUACUUUCGGGUGCCCCCCACCCCGAACUCAUACACAGCACAACAGCAGCGGACGUGGAGGCAACAAAACACUCGGGCCAGUCAGGGACACUAAGCCCCAGGAGAAGAGACGCCCCCCCCAUCACCACCGCUCCAUCCUCCGGUCUCCCAGCAACAGCCACACACCCGCUCGCCCCCCACUCUCACCCCCUUCCUCCUCGUCCUCCUCAUCUUCCUCAGUGUGUGCAGCAGGCUCCUGUCCCCUCCCGGCCUCCGUCAGUAUGACAGGCAUUAGCUGCCCGGACUUUGAGACUGGUGGACCCAGUUCUGCGGUCUGGUCCAGAAUGCCUCUACCUAUACGUCCUGGGCACAUAGGGAGAGGGUGCCGAACUCUUACAAUCACUCAUCCCCCCACAGAAGCUGGUAGAGAGACUGCUAAAGACCAGGGGCCUGAACACAUCCUUUCCUCCAUCAAAUUUAGCAAGUGUGAGCUGCAGCCCCACAUCAGCCGCAUUCCCAUCCGAAGGAUGGGGUCGACUGACGCACCUCCCAAACACAACAAUAAAGCAUCUCCAUCUAGCAAUAACCCACCAGGAGGUAAAGAGGUGUCUGCUACCAUGAAGGUGUGGAAGCUGCUCAGACCUGGCCUCCACAGACACCUGUCAUUGUCAGGUGUAUCUGAGAAAGAAGCUGCCAUACAGCUGGCCUCUAAAGCUUUAAUGAAGAAAAGCACAGACAGAAGUAUCACGUACAAAGAAAGUGCUAUCAUAGAAAGUGCAGCAGAGGCCAUGGGAACACAACAACAGGUGGAGGAAACUCCAGUGACUGUGCCUGACACUGUGAACAUGUGUGAGACAGUAACCCUGUGUGGAGAAGCCUAGGAAACCAACAGCCUAAAAAUAUCAUAUUGAGCAAUUGAAUACUUCAAAAUGUGAGAGGGACUUGUCACCAGUGGAGAAUUGGUUGGGGCAUGAUGAUGUGCAAUAUAAAUUUUUUGUUUGUAAUCGCAUUGUUUUUAGCCUUUUUGGGCAACAUUGAGAACCUAGAAUUACCUGUUACAACUACUGAGCAGCUUUUGUUUUUACUGGAAUAGCUGAAGGUUAAGUGCCUUGCUCUAUGACAUUAGCAGCUGUAUUGGGGGAGUGGUUCAACCUUUCCAAAUUUUUCCAGCUGCUCAAGAAUGCAGACUUGAAACAUCCUUGAACAUUUCAGCUACCAUAAUUGUACCUCACAUUUCCUGUUUUUGUGAUUUAAGUUGCAUUUUUCUGGUCCUUGCUGCUUCCCUCAGAUACUGACCAAUACUGUUAUGUACUGCUAAAUAUUUUAUUAGGCAGCCACUUGUAUAAUUACAGGGAAGGGCUGAUUUUUAUUUAGACUCAUAAGCACAAUAGCAACUUUAUAAUCUCAUUAUCUCUAUUGUGGAUGUUUAACAAAUGUGAGAUGAGUGUAUUUAUUCCACUUUUGUGCUUUGCACAUACUGUUUAUAAAAUGGUUUUCACUUA